AAAACCUAUAAAUACUCCUAAUCUUAAACAUUUUUUCAUAUCUCUUCUCCAAUUCUUCCUAAAUCUUAUUCUUAACUCUCUACUCUCUAAUUCUCUUAUUCUCCAAUAUAUUAUAUAUCUACUCUCUAAUUCUCUUCUCCAAGAAGUUAAGAUGGAAAAUCAAAAUGCCAUUAUACGGUAUAAUUUUGAUAAGCAGAAGGACCCGAAGACCGGGAUGUGGUACGCAAUUUGCAAAUGGUGCGAAAAAAAAAUGUAUCAUGGGGGCUUCAGGCGGAUUCGGGAUGACAAUCAAGCAUAUGAAGUCAUGUGACAAAGCCAAAGGAUCGGGAGGUGCAGGAAGUUCCGAUUGAUUACAAUUUUCAAAAUGUUUAUUUCUUAAAGUUUGUUUUAAUUUUCAAAUGUAGUUCCUAUUUCAUUUCAAAUAAAUGCAAUUGAAGUUUGUUUUUAAUACUCGUAUAAAACUAUAAACUAUAAAAUAUAAAUUAUAUAUAAAAAAAAUUAACCGCCCCGGCCCGAACCGGACUCGACCCGUGACCCGGGCGGGUGGCCCGGCCCGAACCGGACCCGUCCAACCCUCGGGCCGGUCCCGGGCCCACUUUUCUUGAACCGGCGGCCCGACCGGGCCUAGGCCCGGCCCGGGCCCGACCCGGCCCGAAUCCAUCCCUACUUCAUAUGCUUGAUUGCCAUCCCGAAUCCGCCUGAAGCCCCCAUGAUACAUUUUUUUUUCGCACCAUUUGCAAAUUGCGUACCACAUCCCGGUCUUCGGGUCCUUCUGCUUAUCAAAAUUAUACCGUAUAAUGGCAUUUUGAUUUUCCAUCUUAACUUCUUGGAGAAGAGAAUUAGAGAGUAGAUAUAUAAUAUAUUGGAGAAUAAGAGAAUUAGAGAGUAGAGAGUUAAGAAUAAGAUUUAGGAAGAAUUGGAGAAGAGAUAUGAAAAAAUGUUUAAGAUUAG